CUUCGUCAUCUUUCCGUUCUGGCGUGUCCUGAUGAUGUAAGCAUCGUGCGACAGAGCUGUCCAGGCUCUUUUAACAGCGGCCGGCAGUUAGACAUGGCUGCGCCCACGAAACGGUGCCGCAGCGGCGCCGGAGGGUUUUCUGGGUGUCUGCGGACGGUGAAGUCUUGGCGGCGGCUCGCGUUGCUCCUGUUCUCCAUGUCUUCCCUGCCGGCGGUCAGCGCGCUGGUGGAGAGCCUUUACUGCGGCACCGAGGUCUGCUAUGAUGUGCUCGGAGUCACCAGGGAGGCCCCUAAAGUGGAAAUCGCUCGAGCUUACCGGCAGCUGGCUCGCCGGUACCAUCCGGACCGGUUUAGGCCGGGAGAGCCCGGCUCGGAGGGAGAAACCCAGGAGUCCGCCCACAAAAAGUUCCUGCUUAUCGCAACCGCGUACGAGACGUUAAAGGAUGAGGACACUCGACGGGACUAUGACUACAUGCUUGACCAUCCUGAGGAGUACUACCAGCACUACUACACCUACUACCGCCGACAGCUCACACCCAAAGUGGACGUAAGAAUCGUCAUCCUGGUCACCAUCUGCGCCAUCUCCAUCUUUCAGUACUACAGCUGGCACAGCAGCUACAACGAGGCCAUAAACUACCUGGUGACGGUCCCCAAGUACCGAAUCCAGGCCAUGGAGAUUGCCAAGCAGCAGGGCCUCCUCAACCGCACCAAGGAGAAGGGCAAGAACCGCCGCUCCAAAGAGGAAAUUCGGGAACAGGAGGAGGAGGUGAUCCGUGACAUCAUAAAAAACAAGAUCGACAUCAAAGGAGGCUACCAGAAGCCCAACCUGUCGGACAUCCUGCUGUGCCAGAUCGUGCUCUUCCCCUACUACCUGACCAACUAUGUGACCUGGUACAUCGCCUGGAUUUACCGCUUCACCAUUUGCAGGGAGGAGUAUGGAGAGGAGGAGAAGUUUUACAUCAUCAGCCUCCUCUCAGUGUCAGGUUAUCUCACAGCAGACUGUGUUUUUACUGUCAGGAGAAACAUGAAGAUGUCUCAGUCUCAGUUUGACAGUCUGGAUGAAAACACCAGACAGUCCUUCCUGGAAAAACAGCUCUGGAUCAAAGAAAACUACGAGGUGUACAGAAAAGAACAGGAGGAAGAGAUGAAGGUGAAGAUGGCAACUGACCCGAGGAUGAAGAGGUACCGCCGAUGGAUGAAGAAUGAGGGGCCGGGUCGACUGACGUUUGUUGACGACUGACAGCCCAGAGUGUCCGUCUGUAACAUACACACUUGCCUCAGUGCCAACAUACACAGACAACACAUCAUGCUGUGUGAAGAAAUACCUGUACAGAAAGAUUAACUAUACCUGUUUAUAUAGUGAGAGAUAUUUUCAUAGCAGUUAGGCCAAGUGGAAGAAACUGAGCUGGGGCUUCAGAUUUUUUUGUAUUUUUUUUUUUUACAUCAUGCUAUUUUUGUUCAAACCAAAAACAAAUUAUUAAUAAUGUAAUUAUCAGUAAUGUUUUUCUAGCCAUUUUUGUUCUCUUAUGCUGGUAAAAAACAGAUGGGAAAAAUGA